AUGUUUUCACGAACUGGUCAUGUCGUCAAAUUUCACUACAAUUGUGGAAGAAAAAGUGCACAUCGAUUCUAUGAGGCCGAAUUCGCUCUCUUCCAUCAACUAACGGCAUUCUCUGGCACAACUAAACCUUAUCCAAAGGGAGAACAACGGAAGAAGGCAUGCUUGAAGUCUUUGACGGAGGUUAAAUUGGAGACAAUCGCUUCUUUGCCGUCAAAUCCGGAAGCAAUUUUGUUGGGAAUAGACUAUCCAGAUGGGACACCGAUGCAGAGGUUA